AUGCGAUGGCCGUCGACGCGGCGUCGCGGCGACCGCGUCGACGCGACGGUCGCCGCGGACCCGCCGACGACGCGGGCGCGCGCGACGACGCGCGCGGACGAGCUCGAGCGCGCGCUCGCGCUCGAGCGACGCGCCAGGGCGCUCGAGCGCGACGCGGCGAGGGACGACGCCGAGGCCGCGGGCGAGCGCCUCGCGCGGGCGCGCGCGGACGGUGAACGGUCAGCGGAAGAGCGCGAGCGCGCGUCGGCGCGCGAGGCGGAAGCGUUAGCGCGGUGCGCGACGGCGGAGGGAGCGCUGGAGGACGUGUGUCGCGCGGCGACGGCGUUCGCGACGGCGUGCGCCGAGCGCGGAUUGGUGGAGGCGGACGUCGCGCGCGCGGCGGAGAACGAUCCGAUGAUUUGGAUCGAGCGCGAUGGGACGACGCGGGAGCGCGUGGGGGAUUUGCUGACGGCGGUUUUGGACGCGCACGUCGCGGCGUGCGCGGAUUACGAGACAAAGUUGGCGUACGCGAGGGCGCGACCGCCGUCGUCGGAUGACGUCGAGGCGUACGAAGCGCGGCUGCGGGCGGAGGUGGAGCGAUUGCUCGAAGACAUGGCGCUCGAGCGCUCGUCGCCGAGCAGCGGUGGUAAAAAGCUCUACAGGACGCCGGACGUGAAGAGCGGACGAAGCCGAGGCGCCGAGAUGCGCGAGAUUGAAGCCGAGCGACGCGAGUUACAGGAGACGUUGGCCGAGGUGCAAAGGCGGAUGCACACGCUCGCCGAAAGCAGCGACGCGAUCGAAAGCGAGCUGCGCGAGCAGUUGAACGCGUCGCGGCGAGAGUCCGCGGAGCUUCGCGCCGAGAUGGAGACGGUUUUAGAGGAGCGCAGCGUCGUGGUCAACAAGCUGGAAGUCGAGCUGCGACGACUCGAGCGAUCUCAAGAAGACGCGGAUCAGGAGACGCGUCGUCUCUCCCUGUCCGCGCGAGAGAAGGACGCGGAAAUCGCGACGCUGAAGCGUCGCGCGGAGGACCUCGCGUCCGAAGGCGCGCGCUUGAACGAAACGCUCGAUAAACAGCGUCAGCUCAAAGACAAGCUCGAGGAACAGCUCGCGGCGAGCGAAGCGCGCGUCGAAGGUUUGCUCCAAGAGAUUGACGCCAUGGACGCGGCGUCGGCGCAAGCCUCCAUGCACGUGAGCAACGCCAUGGCGAGCGCGUCCGAGGCGCAUCAGCGCAGCUUGCAGGAGAUGCGAGCCAAGCAGGCGGAAGCCGAGGCGUACAUCGAGUCGCUCGACUCGCGCCUCGGGGCGCUGGAGGAAGAGAGAAACGCGCUGCGACGCGAGUUGGAUCGAGCGUACGCGCGCGAAAAGGACGCGCGCGUCAGGCUUCAAGAGACUGAAAAACGCUCGAACGAGCUCACGGGCGAGAUCAACGCGUUGCUCGAGCAAGACGCGAGACGCAACAGCGUUCGCGAACACGCGAUGCUCGAGCACGUCGCGCGCACGCCGCCCAGGGUCUCCUCGCGCUUCGCGCGCGCGAACGGCGCGUCGACGAGCACGAAAAAACUGCACGUUCACGAAGUCUCGGACGAAGAAUCGGAUGGCGAAGAAUUCGUCGUCAUUCGCCGGCGUUCGGCGACGGCGCCGAACAGUCCCUUCAUGGUGGCCGAUUCGCCGCGCGGCGCCCGUCAAUUCAACGGUUUGAACAGCGUCAAUUCCGCGCUCGCGCGCGCGCGCGCCGAAUUCAUCGAGGCACGCGCGAAACGCGACAGAACGGUGCGAAAGAUGGAAGAAUUUUAGGAGGGAGGGGGA